AUGAAACGAUCCGCUUCUGUAUCCAAGCGUGAUGUCUCCCCACCACCUGUCAAGCGCAAGAUAGAGUCGACGACAACAAGUAAGGCGGUAGCAAGCUUUUUCAAGCCUCCCUCGCAAAGAGAGCCUGAGAAGCUCAUAUGGCGCAUUAUAGCCAACUCUCUAGUUGUAGGACACUACGCAGACACUCCUCGAGUGUACAGAGAGUUACCCCGACCAGUGAAGGUGGCCGCGUUCGACCUUGAUGACACGAUCGUCAAGCCCAAAACUGGUGGUAGUCGCUUCACUAGAAACGCCACGAGUCAUAUGUGGUGGGAUCCUGUUGUUCCUAGACGUCUAAGAGAGCUUCACCACGAGGGCUUUCUGCUGGUAAUCCUUAGUAACCAAGGCAGCAUUAGUCUGAAAGACAAUGCGAAGUCUCUACAGAAGGACACUCUUAGUCUGAAGAACUUCAAGGAUCAAUUGAGUUCCUUCUUACGACAACUUGACAUUCCUGUAACUGUUCUAGCAGCAACCGCAAAUGACCAAUACCGGAAACCACGGACAGGCAUGUGGAUGGAAAUGAAAGAAGAGUUCGAUCUCGAAGCCGAUGAUGCUAUAGCUAUGGACCAGUCUUUUUAUAUUGGUGACGCUGCUGGCAGAGAGAAGACUGACCGGAGACAGAAGGAUCAUGCUGCUUCCGAUCGUCAUCUGGCUGCAAACAUCGGCAUAAAAUUCCAGACACCCGAAGAAUUCUUUUUGGGACUUGAAACAGAGCCUUACUCUCAAUCUUUCGAACCCAAGCAAUUCCUCGAGUCCGCCCUGUCUGCCAAUGUGCCGAAGUCAUCCUUUACCAAGCAGAGUGAGCAAGAGCUUGUCACGUUCUGUGGCUCGCCAGGUGCGGGAAAGAGUUCGUUCUACUGGAAAAUGCUGCAGCCACAGGCCUACGAACGAGUUAACCAGGACGUCUUGAAGACUGUAAGCUCAAUCACUGCAGCCUCAACAGAGGAUUGA